UCUCCCGUCACAGUUCCCACCCUGCACUAGGGCACACUGUUCCUACUUCCGAAUGUCUCUGCAGACUCAUCUGACUAAAUAUCCGGUUCCUUUUCUCACUUCUUUCCUUUCUCAGCCGCCUACUACAGACCCUGACCCAGCUUUAUCUGCCAGAUUGCUUUAAGAAACCGCCAAUGUUAGCCACCCAAGCUUAGGAGCCUUUGGUACUGGAGGUCUCCGGGAACGCUGAAAGGCGGAAGACUGCGUAAACUCGAGUCUGCUGAAUGCUAAGCAGUAACACUGAAGAGACCCACAGCAAAGGACAGGCACAAAGACUCUGAGGAAAAUGAAGUUUCCCUGCCUCUCCUUCCGGCAGCCCUAUGCUGGUUUAAUCUUAAAUGGAGUCAAGACUCUUGAGACUCGUUGGCGUCCCUUGUUGAGGAACCAUCAGAAAUGUACCAUCGCCAUCCAUAUUGCUCACAGGGACUGGGAAGAUGAUGCCUGGCAGCAGGUGCUGGUAGAGAGGUUGGGAAUGACCCUGGCGCAGAUUCAGACCUUACUACAGGAAGGAGAAAAAUAUGGCCGAGGUGUGAUAGCUGGACUUGUUGACAUUGGAGAGACUUUGCAGUGUCCAGAAACCUUACCUGCUGAUGAGGUUGUCAAACUGGAAACCCAAGCUGUGCUAACCAAUGUGCAGCAGAAGUACCUGACUCCUAUUUCAAACCCCAGAUGGUUACUAGAGCCCAUACCAAGAAAAGGGGGGAAAGAUGUAUUCCAAGUGGACAUCCCAGACCACCUGAUCCCUUUGGGGAAGGGUUGGAGCAGUGAAUGCUCUGGAGAACAGUGUCAGGAAAACUAAAUAAUGGCCCUAUCAUUAGUUCAUCAGAGCAUAAACCUCUAAAUGUCAGGGGGACUCUAAGCCCCUACUGCCAUGCAGGCUACAUCCCACUCUGUGCUGUUGCCAGACCCAGACUGCUGUGCCAUCAAGAAAGGGGAUAGAAGUGAGGACAUCCCUCCUGCGGUGGCUCUGGCAGUGAACCCACAAAGCUUCAAGAACCUUGGCCUUAGGGAAAAGGAAAACUGCCAUGAAAUACUUUUUGCUGAUGUUCACCUUAGUCCUACUCUUUUCUGGAAUGCAUAAAUAAAU